AUGAAGGUCCACAUUAGACUCGAUGGUCGAGUGGAAGUGGUCGAUGGUGUCAGUGUGGAUGCGACCUGUCUGCCCCUUGUGUCGGGGGCCCGACCCUAUGAUUCCGCGGCUAAGGAUAGCUCUCCCUUGGUACAGCAGUCAGCGCUGUGGUUCAAGACUUUGGCCGUUACGGCUCUUUACAUAGACUGCAGUCGGAGGUUGAUCUACUGGACUCCAGGAUGUACUGCUGAUAUCCAGGAUGUUCAGCUUCGAGCAUCACCGGCACCAGUGUCAGGCUCACAAGACUUUAUACCAUGCUGUGCCAGACCCCUGUUUCAGGACAACAGUGUUUAUGAUUUUGAUGCCUCCCUGAAAGAAAUGAUGUUGAAGUGCUUUGGGACCACACAGAAAUUUAGGAGAAAGUUUAUGUCAGUUGAUGAGUUUCACAAAACCAUUGCCAGAUUGUUGCACAUCUACAUUCUACCUUCAAUACAUUUUACACGAGAUGAUAUUGCCAGUUUGUUACAAGUGAAAUGCCAGAUUGAGGAACGUUUGGUCAAAAUAGAAGAAGACAUUAAGGCCAAAGCUAUUGUCAAAGAAAAUGUCAAGAUUUGUUUGGAUAAAAUGUUGAACAAGUUGUUGUGUGAGGAGAACUUCGACAGUGAGCAUUACUUGAGAACCUGCGACCGAGAUUUCUUGACAGCUGUCUUGAAAGUGGUGGAGUGUAAUGUUGCUGCCUUGAACACUGAUCUGUCUGCUAUACAGAACAUGGUUAACUGGGUCAGAGACCAUCCGGGCCAUGGCCAAAAACUUGCAGACCUGAAGGCUAGAAGAGACCAGAUAUUUGCAGAUGUUGAUCAACGUAUUCAAGUGCGAGAGACAAUCAAAAAUGUUGCUUUCAGACGAGAUCUGUCCAAAAGAAAAAACAAAUGUAAAGUUACAAAAAGCUGUGUACACAAUAUGUUCACAGAAGUUGUCAAACAGCUGGAGCUGCAGGAGAGCAGCAUGCAGGAACUGGGUGACGGUAAAGUCAGCAUCUGUGCAGCUCGUGAGGCUGUCCUGUACGCACUGUCCAACCUUGCCGACAGCAACCAGCCCUCAGCCAGUUCUUUGCAGUCUGAGCCAGAUAAGUUGGCCAGUUUUUCUGUUGAUGACAGCCAGACAGACAGAUCAAACUGUUGGCUGCCACUAGCAGCACAAGUAGCAACCACUUUGGAAAACAAGAAAUCUGUAGCCUACAUGUGCCAUGAAUAUGGCUGUCAGAAACUCAGUUCACAGACUGUACAUAUUCUCAAAGACUUCCUGCCAGCUAAAAUAGCACAAGAAUCCAUUCAUUCAUCUUGGACACAAACCCAGUCCAUCCAUUCCUCUAGAGCACAAACCCAGUCCAUUCAGCCCCAUGUGGUUGAUGUCCAACCAUGUGACCAGCAUCAAGAAACUUUGUGUGAUGAUCUAAGUUGCCAGUUUAGUUUGUCCUUGUCUGAAGUGACCAUGAGACAGCCCAAACUGGUUUCUCAGGCAGGUUACAAACGGGAAGCCAUUUAUCUUUCUAAGAGCAGUAAGUGGUGGACAAAUGUUUUUCACCAACCAGAUAUUUGUGAUGCUGACAUGACAGGGAUGUCUUGUGACUCAGGCCUCAGUCAGGAGUCCAUCCAAUCAUCUGGGACACCAACUCAGUCCAUACAGCCCUCUAUGGUUGAUGUCCAACCAUGUGACGAGCUUGACAAAACAUCCUAUGAUGAUGUCAACUGCCAGUUUGGUUUGUCCUUAUCUGAAGUACCCAUGAGGCAGCCCAAAUUGGUUAUUCAGGCAGGUCAUAAACAGGAAGCCAUGUUUCUCCAAGAGGACAAAGAUCAAUGGAAGAGUAGUUUCCACCAACCAGAUAUUUGUGGGAUCCAGUUGUCUCAGACAGAAAGGGUGUGCUGUGCCCCAAGAGAUGAUCGACCUGAAGACUAUAUAAUGGUAUCUGGUUAUAGGGGCACUAUCAGUUCCAACGAUGUGUUUACUGAGACAGAAUCUUCCGUGGAAGUGCAGCAGUCACCAGGACGACAGAUGACCUUGAGUGGGUUCAUGGAUGCUGUUGAAGAGUUGAAAGGUCAGAUACAGGCUCAUUUAACAGAGGUCAUUGACCUGCUAGGGCAGGAGACUUCAGAGUCUGAUGACCUGACCUUGAAGGAGCAGCAGGAGAUUCUCUGGAAGUCCUACGACCGCUUCUUCUCUCAGGAACUCUACAGCCAGUUGUGGAACCUCUACACCAUUGGUUUAACCCCUGGCAUACGACUGGCCUAUGCUGAACUACGCAACCUGUCUGUGCUAGAAAUACUCAAAGGUGAUAGACUUCUCACUUUGUUUUUUGGCCCAAGUGUUCUCAGAGGCAGGGCCUCGCCCAUCCCUAUCCCACGGCCAUCAAAGUACACAACAGCAGUUAAUGUCACCCAUGACUUUGAUGACUUCAGUUUUGGUGUUGGUCGCUGCAACGUCAUUGAAAUGGAAGCUAGUCAACACCGUGACCAGGCAGUCAGAACUGAGUCAUCCGGCUCAGUCACGCACUCCAUUGAUGAAGGUUUCUACCAAGCCUCAGGCUCCUUCUCCAGCAGCCUUCGUUCAACACUUUCCAGUGACAGUUUAAAUGAAAAUGCAGACGAGAUGUGGGAAUACACAUUCGGGCCCAGAAAGGUUGAAGACAAGCUGGGUUCAGUUUUAUCUCCAUUCAUGAAGUUUGUUGGAGUGUGCCUGAAUGUGGAAUGUUUCAGUGAGAAGAUUCGCUAUAUCACCAAAGCCAUUGAGGGCCUCAAUGACAGCAUCUCUGUCUUGUUUGGAUCGGACUUUCAGUCGACAUGUGAUGACAUUAUCAGUAUGCUGGUUCUGGCACUGUGCAACAUUCCUGAGAAUAUGUUUGUCAGUCUGUACGUCGACCUUCGUCUGUUGAUGGAUGUUCUCCCAGACUUUUUCUUUGGGUCUCGCUGGGACUUCCAUCUGGUCUCACUAUAUUCUGCAUAUAAUUACUUGUUUACUUUGAAGAUAUCAGACCAUAUCAUCCACAAGUUUUAA